GGGCUCCGGAGCCGACGAGGCCGCUCCUGCAAGUCCCCACUCCGGUCCCCCAGGUCAGGGUCUGCCCGGUCUGCCCUAUGGACUAGUCUGCCCUGCCGCCUGUUGUCUCCUUCCCUCCUGGGAGAGCCCCUGCAUCCGCCCCCCAAGGUGGAGUAAGUGGGCUUGGGGCUCUCAGGGGACAGCCAUCCCCUGCCCUGCCCUGCCCUGCCCGCCCCUCACCAUGACCCUCCUGCUGGUGACCCUCUUGCUGGCCUUGAUCCCCUCUAGCUCCUGUAACAAAGCCAACAAGCACAAGCCAUGGAUUGAGGCAGAAUACCAGGGCAUCGUCAUGGAGAAUGACAACACUGUCCUGCUGAACCCACCACUCUUCGCUUUGGACAAGGAUGCCCCCCUGCGCUAUGCAGGUGAGAUCUGUGGCUUCCGGCUCCAUGGGUCUGGGGUGCCCUUUGAGGCUGUGAUCCUGGACAAGACGACGGGAGAAGGGCUGAUCCGGGCCAAGGAGCCAGUGGACUGCGAGGCCCAGAAGGAGCACACCUUCACAAUCCAGGCCUACGACUGCGGCGAGGGCCCCGAUGGGGCCAACACCAAGAAGUCCCACAAGGCCACCGUGCAUGUGCGGGUCAACGACGUGAAUGAGUUUGCACCAGUGUUUGUGGAGAGGCUGUACCGUGCUGCAGUGACAGAGGGGAAGCUGUAUGACCACAUCUUGCGGGUGGAAGCCAUUGACGGCGACUGCUCCCCCCAGUACAGCCAGAUCUGCUACUAUGAGAUCCUCACGCCCAACACCCCUUUCCUCAUCGACAAUGAUGGGAACAUUGAGAACACAGAGAAGCUGCAGUACAGUGGCGAGAGGCUCUACAAGUUUACAGUGACAGCCUACGACUGUGGGAAGAAGCGGGCAGCAGAUGAUGCUGAGGUGGAGAUCCAGGUGAAGCCCACCUGUAAACCUAGCUGGCAAGGCUGGAACAAAAGGAUUGAAUACGCACCUGGUGCCGGGAGCUUGGCUUUGUUCCCUGGUAUCCGCCUGGAGACCUGCGAUGAACCUCUCUGGAAUAUUCAGGCCACCAUAGAGCUGCAGACCAGCCAUGUGGCCAAGGGCUGUGACCGUGACAAUUACUCAGAGCGGGCACUGCGGAAACUCUGUGGUGCUGCUACUGGGGAGGUGGAUCUGUUGCCCAUGCCUGGCCCCAGUGCCAACUGGACGGCGGGACUCUCGGUGCACUACAGUCAGGACAGCAGCCUUAUCUACUGGUUCAAUGGCACCCAGGCCGUGCAGGUGCCCCUGGGUGGCACCGUUGGGCUGGGCUCUGGGCCCCAGGACAGCCUCAGUGACCAUUUUACGCUGUCCUUUUGGAUGAAGCAUGGUGUGACUCCCAACAAGGGCAAGAAGGAAGAGGAGACCAUUGUGUGCAACACUGUUCAGAAUGAGGACGGCUUCUCUCACUACUCACUGACAGUCCAUGGCUGCAGAAUUGCCUUCCUCUACUGGCCGCUGCUUGAGAGUGCCCGCCCGGUCAAGUUCCUCUGGAAGCUGGAGCAGGUCUGCGAUGAUGAAUGGCACCACUAUGCUUUGAACCUCGAGUUUCCCACAGUCACGCUCUAUGCUGAUGGCAUCUCUUUUGACCCUGCCCUCAUCCAUGACAAUGGUCUCAUCCACCCGCCCCGCAGGGAACCUGCUCUCAUGAUUGGGGCCUGCUGGACUGAGGAGAAGAACAAAGAGAAGGAGAAGGCGGGAGACAACAGUGCGGACCCCACACAAGGACACCCUUUGCUGAUCCACCACUACUUCCAUGGCUACCUGGCUGGUUUCAGCGUGCGCUCAGGCCGCCUGGAGAGCCGCGAGGUCAUCGAAUGCCUCUAUGCAUGUCGGGAGGGGCUGGACUAUAGGGAUUUCGAGAGCCUGGGUAAAGGCAUGAAGGUCCACGUGAACCCCUCGCAGUCCUUGCUCACCCUGGAGGGGGAUGAUGUGGAGACCUUCAACCAUGCCCUGCAGCAUGUGGCUUACAUGAACACUCUGCGCUUUGCCACGCCUGGCGUCAGGCCCCUGCGCCUCACCACUGCCGUCAAGUGCUUCAGUGAAGAAUCCUGUGUCUCCAUCCCUGAAGUGGAGGGCUAUGUGGUGGUUCUUCAGCCAGAUGCCCCCCAGAUUCUGCUGAGUGGCACUGCUCAUUUUGCCCUGCCAGCUGUGAACUUCGAGGGACCUGAGGGGAUCCCUUUGUUCCCUGACCUUCAGAUCACUUGCUCCAUUUCUCACCAGGUGGAGGCCAAAAAGGAUGAGAGCUGGCAGGGCACAGUGACAGAUACACGCAUGUCGGAUGAGAUUGUGCACAACCUUGAUGGGUGUGAGAUCUCUCUGGUGGGCGAUGACCUUGACCCGGAGCGGGAAAGUCUGCUCUUGGACAUGGCAUCCUUGCAGCAGCGGGGGCUGGAGCUCACCAACACGUCUGCCUACCUCACCAUUGCUGGGGUGGAGAGCAUCGCUGUGUAUGAGGAGAUCCUGAGGCAGGCUCGAUAUCAGCUACGACAGGGCGCUGCCCUCUAUGCCAGGAAAUUCCGGCUUUCCUGCUCAGAAAUGAAUGGUCGUUACUCCAGCAACGAGUUCAUUGUGGAGGUCAAUGUCCUGCACAGCAUGAACCGGGUGGCCCACCCCAGUCACGUGCUCAGCAAUCAGCAGUUCCUGCACCGAGGACACCAGCCACCCCCUGAGAUGGCUGGACAUAGCCUGGCCAGCUCCCACCGCAACUCCACUGCAAGAAAAAUCAGGCAUGAUUCCAUCACAGAGAGGAAACCAUUGUUAAUAUGCAGAAGCCGUAAGAGAAAAUUCUCUGCAAAGGGACAGGAGGGACAUUUUUCUGAAGCUCCCAAGUGCAGCAGCAAAGAGAGAUCAGUGUGGAUUGGGACAGUCAGGGAAGAUUGCAUGGUGCAUGUAGAGUUUGAGUGUGGACCUUCCAGGGUAGGAGGGAUUUUGGAUGGGCAUGAGAGAGAAUGAGAAUGUAGACCUGGGGUGAGUGGAUGGUUGGUUAGGGGUGUUUAUGGUUAGGGAGAAUAAGGUGGUCUGAGAAGGGCAGGUUGAUGAAGACACUAUUCAGUCAUCUCAAAUUUUGAUAACACAUCAGUAUCACCUGGGCUGCUGUAAAAUGGUUGGUGCUCAGGAUACACCUGCUACUAGUUAAAUCAGAAUGAGGGUGGGAGCUAGGCAGCAGUGAAUUUUAAAGACCUUUGGGUGAUUCCAGUAUGCAGCAAACUUUGGCAACCAUUUAUUGAGUUUCUUUCCUACAAGUAUCUGAGGCUUUGCAGAAAGGCCCACAGUGCAAUAGGAUGAACACAGAAAAUGAAUUAGGGAGGCAGCAGGAAAGCACAAUGAUGAAGGAAGAAGAUGAAGCCAGGGAAUACAGUCAGUUCAUAAAAUACACGCUGUGAGAUAGUGUGCAGUUGCUGGAGUGGGCCAGAAUUCUGACUCUGAGCUUCCUUGUGGCCAAAGCAAAAGGAAACUUGAACAGUUACAAAAGUCCUAUGAUAGGAGCCCGCUGGUAUUUCAAGAGAAGCCCCAGGACUGAGAGCAGAAGGGAGUUUCCCCUGAGGCUUCAUAAAGGGGGCACCACGCAGGGCUGGGGACCAGGCUUCCAACAGUGCCCUCACAGUCAAAGGACACUAGGACUUUCACAUAGGCCAUUUUCUAGAACACCCCUUCCUGUUGAAUUGGGAGGUCAUUCAAGGCCAGAAUAAACUGCUCAGACCUCAUGCAGCAAGAAAGGUUAAUUGUACUUCUUAAAUUCUUCAUUUUUGUCUGUAGCUAGUUGAAAAGUCCUGCCAUCUCCCUGGCCUCCUGGCUCAUUUUAACAAAUUAACUAUAGUGCUUGCCUACAGAUAGGGUGUCUGCAUUUCUUUCCUGUAGUGGUUUCUUAUUCCUGGCAAUCAGCUUGUCAUUUCCUUUGCUAGGCCAGGGGCUCAGAGGGUCAAAUGCACUGGAUCAGGCACAAACCAGAAUUCUGGCUUGUCAUCCAUGUGCACCCAGAGCCAGUUCACCUGCUGUGGCCUCCACUCUGGGGGUGCAGGUGGUCUCCAUUCCUUCUAGAGCCUGGGCUUAGCCACAGGGGCCACGUGCUGGGGGGUCACCACUCUUGGAUCUUGCCUAUUGACACGGAGACCUGGGGAGGGACUAUGUCCUGCAGAUGAGCAGAAAGGGCAGUUCUGUCCUUCUCUCUGCUCCUCCCCGGUCCCCAGGCAGUUGAGAGGUAUUGAUCCAGCCAAGCCCACCUCUACCCUGGAGCCAGUGCCCAGGGAGCCUGUCUGCCCUGCUCGGCAGAGCUGGCUUUUCUUGGCGAAUGGCCCCAAGUGGGCUAUGGGUCAGGUCCGGAUGGGGACCAGCUUGGCAUAGACCGUCAGGGCGGCCUCAGGGAGGCAGGAGGCUAGUGUGCGUGCCUCACAGGGCAUUUUCCACAUGCCUGGCUGGCCCUGCGGUGUUUGGCGUACAUGUGCUGGCUGCUGGGGAGGAGGUGUGCAGAAGGCGUGUGGGGCUCCCUGCUGUGCGCUCUCUGGGCUCUGCUCUGUCUUCUGACAUGUGGGUCUUAGACGCUGUGGGUGAAUGCAGGACUAGGAGAUGUGUCUGUGGUCAGGGUAGCUGCUGUGCACACAAGCGGCGGGAGGGGUGUCCACCCACGUGGAGUGUAGUGGCCAGGUUCCCGUGAGGGCUCUGGGCCUGGUGGUGCAUGUGUGAAGUCUCUCCUUCCACCUGCUGUCCCUGGGGCUGCGGGCUCUCCUGCUGUGCCUCCUCCUGCUUCCAGGAGGGCUGCCUGUGUGUGUCGGGAGGCGGGCAGGGCUGUGCUCAUCGCUGCCUACUCUGUGGUCUUUGUGGCCCAUGUCUGUGGUGUUUACGUCAACCUCCUUCUGGGGGUUGCCUAGUCUGCCCAGCUGGCGGGGAGCUGGGUGAUCCUGCACAUGUGGCUCUACUCUGCCUUGCUGGAGACCCUCAGAUGCACCCUUUUGAUUCUGCUGUGUGAGCAGGCCACCAGGGGGCUGGUGCAGGCAGUUGUGCCUGGCGGCAGAGGCCUGGCUCGGGUGCGGGGUGUGGAGACCUUUGUCCAGCUCUGUGCCACACAUUCUUCCUGGGCACCUACCUGGGCAUGCAUUUCUGCUUUGCUGCUGUCAGCUCUGAGGUCCGUGUGAGGGUGCCUGUGCCCUUCCGUGUGUCACACCCUCCAGUGCCAUUGCCCUCCUGAGCCUGGGUAUCCAAAGGUGGCAGCGGAGCCAGAGGCAUGAUGGGGCCGAGGGGGUGGUGGGUGUACCUCAGGGGGAGAUUUGGGGGCAGAAACCCCGAAUGUCCAGACACCCUGAGCCCACAAGGAGAAGGCAGGCGUCACUGUGCAGGAGGGAGCUCAGUCCAGGUGGGUAUGGGAAGGGGCUGCUCCUUGCCCCUUGGACUGGCCCCCAGCCUUGGGUGCCAGCACCUCCUCCUGGCAGCCAGCCCAGGCUUGGGGGCCUGUCUCUGCUCUUACGGAGGGGAGGUCAUUCUCUUCCCUGGUGCCAUCAAACCCCUGUGGCUGCCGCUCUUUUCCCCACAGGCACCUCCUUCCGAGGCACUGGGUGCUGAGUGGUCCCAGUGAAUGGGCAGGAUGACCUGUCCUUGCCCAGUCCACUCCAGUCCUUGCCCUCUGGCUGCUGAGUGCAGGGUGGGGAGCCCCUGCCUCCCUCUGCACGCCUCCCCACUUCCCUCUGUCUGCCCCCUUUUGGCCCCAACAGCAGCUGCUCUGCCCCCUUCCCUCCCACGUCCCGCCUCUCCAGGUGGGGCCCCAUCUCUCCCCCGUCUCAGGGUGCUCCCCGGCCCUGGGCCAUCGCGGAGCCACCCUCUCCUCCCUGUUCCCCGCGUUGCAUGCCUCCCUUCUCACCGCGCUCCUCCC